AUGGGAGCGAAAAUCGUCACGAAUGAAGACGACAGGCAUACAAGUCAACUGCACGCACUGCGGAGUAACGAAGCACCACUGGGAUCAGCGUCGAAUCAAAACGAGGCAAAACAAAGGAAACGGCGAAUCAGACAUAAGAACAAGGCCCAGGGCUCGCUGAAGAAGAAACUGGCGGACUCUAAUCCAGAUGCUGCGCAACGACUAGAGUGUCAACAACAACAACCGCAGCCAACCGGGAUCACGACGCAGCAAGAGCAUGAGCAUGAGCAUGAGCACGACUUUGACCAACCGAUAGCACCAGCGCAUUUGGAACCUGCCAACCGCGCGUAUACUUCCCCGAGAAAAGAGGCCAUCUUGCGAUAUAAGCUGAGCGACUUGGAGCCAACGCCUGACCUUCGAGAGCACCUCAAGCCUCGCAAUGAAAACUCGCCCGAGACUCAACUCAAAGUGCAAGGACCCUCAUAUAUCAACAUGGAAGGCAAGGUGACUCUCUUCAAGUUUGAGUCGCUGAAAAUCUUGGAAUUGGCUAGCCAGAAUAAAGAAACCGGGUCAUUGUUGGCCCACGGAGAAUUUGAGAUUUUCCAACUACACAAUGGCGACGUCACCUACUUGUCGUGCGGAGGAAAGCUGUUUAUAUACCCGCUACUACCCAAGAUACGGAUCUUGAGGAUCAGCUUCAAUCACUUUUUGCUACCGUUGUUGAACCCGGAAAGGUACUGGAAGAUUUUCAUUCACAGUGACGCCGAGAGCAUUCUUGAUGUUUUGGAAGGCACAUUCAAGUGGAAUGUGCAGUAUUUGAACAUCAGCAGCGAGAAAACCGACGAAAAGUCGCCUCAGGAGAAGCUAAGCCCCGGUCUUGGAGUGUUUGCCGAUGAACGCAUCAAUGCUCGGCCGCACGAGCUCUCUAGUCCCAAUGACUUUCCAGAUGUGAUAGAUACCACUAUCCCAGAUUCACCGCCAUCGGCACCGAUCUCGCCUACCCAGAUCCACAGUGUUCCUCAAUUAGCAUUGUCUCCAUCGCACCAGCGGAGGUAUGCCUUUGAGCAGAACCAAAUCAAGAAACAAGCGUCUUUGCAGUCGCUUUCGACCAAUGUCGCCUGCCUCGAUUUGAACGCGCAACCGUCUCCACACCAGGUUAAACCAAGAAGAUAUGAAAACCCGUAUGAGACUCCAACGUCUUUUGUUCGCACCCUCCACGAGCAGCCUGCCGCAGUGGCAGCACGCACGAGCCAGAAUUUCCAUGUACCAAUUACACGCAUAGAUGAAAAAUCGGAAAGUUCCAUGGACUCGCUCUUGGAUGAGUUUGAGCAAAAUGUGCAGUCUGCCAAGCCGGCAUCCACUGUUUACCAUUCGAGACCAGUGUCGAGACAGCAAUCGGUGGCUUCGAUCCACCACCAGGUGCCGACUUAUUCGCGCGGCAAGUACUUUCACGCGCAAAUCGACAAGGACGAUGAUGAUGGCGAGAUUCGUCAUUUCCCCAGUUUAAGCGAAUACAACCGCAAUAGUUGUGUGGGCAACAACAAUAACGGACACGCGCUGCGGCCCGUGAUGAGCCGACGCUCUUCGCGCAGUGAUUUGUACGCCGAUGAAAGCGGCUGGAUGGAGCCCAACUUGGACCAAAACACCCACCAUCAUCCACUCUCGCGGACAAACACUUCGAGGUUGCCCAAAUCCGUGUCCAACUAUAGUAUCAACACUUCUGUGUCUACAAGUUACAAUUUGGGAAGCAUUUACAAGUCGGUGAUUGGCCAACGCAACGAGCGGUAUGCGCAACUGUUGAGAAACGGCCAUCAUCACGACGAUACGAGGGCAUCAGUCAAGUCAAUGUCGAGGAUCCCCUCGGCGCAGCAGGUGCCGCGCAGACAGAGCAUCUACAUGCGUGCCGAUCGAUCGACCAUGUCUAUGAAUGGCUCGGCACCAGUCAAUCACAGAGACAAGGAUGUCAAGAGAGAUGUCAAGCUUGACUCGAGGGAGAUCUACCGCUUGCUCAGCGAAAAGCUGACCACUUCUUCAAAUGUCAAAACGGAGAGCACGCAGCAUCGAAACCACUCCCCUGCUUCUUCUCAUCAUCAUGCUCCUCCUCCCAGGAGUGCAAGUUUCGCCUCACGAUUUUUUGGCUGGUAA